AGGGGAAGUAACUACGGAUUUGUUUACAAAAUGGACGUCGAAGUAUUUAUAAUAUUUAUAACUAAUAAACACUUAGCACUUAUUUAAUGCUACCGUAGAUUUAUUUAUGGAUAUUGUUUAUGUAUAUGUGUGAUUUUCAAGACUAUGGCAGCAUACAUCAUUUGUCUGACAAGUGGCAGCGGUCUUCCGGUCUUCACUCGCUCUGUUGGCAAUGUCAAAGCUCUUCCCUUCCCUGUGAUUGGCUCCUUGAAUGCCGUCCACAUGUUCUCAGCCAAUCACGACGCAACUUUGCAGUCGACCACCACGGACGAUGCCAGGAUUGUCUGGAGAGAGUUUCAUAACAGUCUGGUCCUUAUUGCGGUGAUGGGCCGUGACGGAGCCUCCGAUGACGCUCACAUGGGCAAACUACUGGACAAUGUCUUCCACGCCAUGGUGCUGCUGUACGGUCUGGAUGACCUGGUCAACAUCAAGAACGUGGAGAGAUUCAAGAAGGAAAUAAGGAUUUGUUUUCAACUAGUGGACACACUCAUACAGCAGUCGGCGUUGACCACAUUUUCUGACUUGACCAACGCUGUGGACAUUAUGCUGACGCCUGACAACGCCAUGCUACAGAGCUUUUUAGACGCUUUUGUUGAAGCCUCCGACAGCCCUUACGGCUGCCUCCUGGCCAAUGGCAGAGUUGUGGUAGCAACAAGCAAGUGGUGGGAGCUGUCAUCCACUGAACUUGUGUUGUUGUCACUGCUGAUGCAGUCAGUGCCCCAGUGUACCUCUAGAGAUAUCCCAAUCUACCUCCCUCAAGCAAGUCCUUCAGUUCCGCACAGAUUGAUGACAUUUGAGCUGAUAAAAAAUGUGGAUGUUUGUGUUAUUUGUGGACCUUCGCCAACCUUAGCCCAACUAACACGAGAAAUAUCCAGGUUCUGGACACCAGCAAUAGAGACACUAAAGUCUACCAGACAGUUAAACUUAAGAAAUUUCCCCUUGACCCUAGACAUGGAUAGCAAUGUCAUGGGAUUUCUCCUAGUCAAUACAAAGAGCAACAGGUGCCUCAGUUCCGUGAAUGUCAAUAGAGAGAGAGAGGACACUGCAAAAUUUGAGAAGAGACGUGCUGUGCUCAGGUCAUUCUUUAAAUAUGUUGUGGGCACAUACUUCAGUAACAGCAGCAUCAAGGGUACUGAGAAAGGUCCAUCAGAGUAUAACCAUCAGGCGACAGACACCUACAUUGUCUGUUCUGGACAUAAAUGCUACGCCCACAUCUCAGGAAAUUACCAAAUCUUUCUGAUGUUUUCUGCCAAAAUUCCAACGUUUGCUAUGAGGUCUGUCUGUGUGAAAACUUUGAAUCUCUUCAUAAAGGACAAAAACAAUCAAAUAUGAACAUUUUGUAGAACUUUUGUUUGGAUCUGUGGAAUAGUGAAAUGUUUAUAUGUAUAUGUGAAACAAUGUAUAGAUAAGUAAAAUAUAUAUACGUAUAUGUGAAACAAUGUAUAGAUAAGUAAAAUGUAUAUAUGUAUAUGUGAAACAAUGUUUGGAUUACAAUAAUCCCAAAGUGGUUUGAAAGAAAUAUAUAUUUUGUGUAUAUUGAACAAAUGUACUUCAUAUUGUCAAUGUCAAAUUUUUUGAAAAUGUUUAUAUUAUGCUGAAUUUUUUUUUAUUUAAAUUUAAAUUAAAACAAAAUUUUAAUAUUCA